AUGGAGACACGAACAAGGGACGAUGACGCCGUUCCUGCCCAGAUGCUUGCGGGGUCACAUACUGUGACGCCCGAACUCGUUUUCGUGGCGGAGCCUGACGACAUGAACCCGUUGGACGGAGGAAGAGGACGCGGAGGCGUUCUGCAUCUGAAUUCGGGGGACAGCCCAAGAUCGCAGGAGCGCGUGGCCCCGGGUCGCCUCCUCGUGUCAUCGAAGCGCGAGGAGUUGCCUGUCCCGAUUACGUCUAGUGCUCAGCCACAAGAAGGAACGGAUGCCUCGGGAGAUGAAUCAGCAUGGAGCGACGCGAGCAGCGAUGCCGAGCCCGUCAGCCUGAUGACGCCGACUCGGGACUGGAAGCCGAAAGGGGUCGGAAUGAAAUUGAGCGUGUCAAGAUGCCGCGUCUCGCAAGAAGGCUCACUUCUGAAAGCACGAGGCACAGGCAUUCUGCUCAGUCAGCUGGAAGCUGAAGGAAGGAACGGGGCGUACGAGUCUGUAGGGUUCGAGACACGCAAUCAUGAGCAACUGGGCACGGGACCGCCUGCUCAUACACCGGAGAAGGCCGGCGAAGCGGUGGGAAUCCCGGCAGCAGCCUGGGAUCGCCCGCGUACGGCCUCGUCUGGGAAAAAGCUUCAGAAUUUGGCAGCGCGAACAACAGCGAGCCGGCUGGCAAGAAGGCGAGGAGUGCCCGGGACGAAGAAAACAGUUGCGGCGAAGCGUCUUUUCGACGACAAUGAAGAAGGCGGACAGCGCACACUCAGACAAACCCGAGGAGCAGUGUCCCGCGCCGCGGGAGCUAGUGCCUUCAAGAAUCGAAGAGGAAGGCGACGCGUGGCAGAAGGAGCGGCCAUCUUCAUGGAUUCGGAGAAAGAGUAUUCCUGGAUGCGUCAGGCGUACUUGAAACACAGAGCAAGCGACUAUGCCGAUGACCUUUUCGACAGUCUAGGACUGCUUUCUGCUGACGACUUCCUGGACAAGGAAAUGGACCGAGACGCACUGUUGCUGGAUUAUGAUGACUCUCUCUUGGAUGAUGAAGAAGACUUAUUCUUCCCUGGUGAUCCGGCAGAUAGUCGCUUCUGUCUCCCGGAUGGCUGCAUACCUUCGGCUGGUCGACGUCACGAUGGACGUGUCAGCGGCAUCUCGAGCCUCAGAGAGGAGAAGUCUCUCAGAGAACUGGAGAAAGACGAAGAAGACGCGACGACGUGGGCCGUUGUGCGACAGAUGAUGGGCUCUCUUGGAGUGAGAGACUGGGCGGGGUUUCUCCAGAUUCAGGCGGAGUUCUGGUUGUACAGUUCAGCGCACCGCCAGGCCUUGAUUACUGCCACGGCUGCCGAACGGUUCCUGCGAGAGGAAGAAGGCAAGAAGGCCGGGGGGGCUGAGGCGCGAAAAGCGCGAGAGACUUUGAGGCAAGAAGUGGAGAGAAAUGAAAGUGCCAGAGCUGUUCAGACGGCAGGAGCGUGCGACCAGGGGGAUCCCCAGGCACGUGCCGCAACGCCGGUGCAUUCGCGUGCGGAUAUGACGCCUGCAUUGGCCGUAAAGACGGUCGCUGCAUGCGCGCUUCGGCAGUUUGACAGAAGCGGUGAAUAUCUGCGGCAACUGCGUGCUCGAGAUCUCGCCGUUCUCUCCGAACCUCUCCAGGCCUAUCUGGAAGAGGCGGUUCACUUCCUAGCUGAAAAUACAAACCCCAGCUUCCCUUCGGCUACUCCCCCGGUCCCCCGCGUCUAA